CGGUUCUACUGCGGUUCCUUUCGGAUGUCUUGGAGCUGAGCAGCCGACACCCGACACCGCCGGGCCCAGUCGGCUCAGCUCACAAAUAGAUCCGCCGGCCCGGAAUGAGAACCACGCAGCACCAGACCAGGCGGUCCAGUCGCAGCCCGUCCUGCCAGGGCUCCGUCCGGACCUGCUGUCUGCAAGGAAGACCGCCGGAUCAGAACCCAGCACCGGUCCAGAACCCAGAGCCGGUCCAGAACCCAGAGCCGGUCCAGAACCCAGAGCCGGACCAGAACCCAGAGCCGGAUCAGAACCCAGCACCGGUCCAGAACCCAGCACCUGUCCAGAACCCAGAGCCGGUCCAGAACCCAGCAUGUCGGACCAGUCUGCCUUUGACACGGACGUCUGGACCCUGACCCGGUUCAUCAUCGAGACGGGCCGGCAGGCGAAAGGAGCCACCGGGGAGCUGACCCAGCUGCUCACCGCCAUGCUGACCGCCAUCAAAGCCAUUUCCUCCGCGGUGCGGAAGGCCGGCCUCGCCCACCUGCAGGGCUUGGCCGGCUCCGUGAACGUGACGGGUGACGACGUGAAGAAGCUGGACGUCCUGUCCAACGACCUGGUCAUCAACAUGCUGCAGGCGUCCUACAGCACCUGCUGCAUGGUGUCCGAGGAGAACAAGGAGCUCAUCGUCACCCCCAAGGACAAACGGGGGAAGUACGUGGUCUGCUUUGACCCUCUGGACGGCUCCAGUAACAUCGACUGCCUGGCCUCCAUUGGCACCAUAUUCGCCAUCUACAAAAGGACGUCAGAAGGCGAGCCCACAGAGCAGGACGCCCUGCAGCAGGGGAACAGCAUCGUGUGCGCCGGCUACGCGCUCUAUGGCAGCGCCACGCUCGUCGCCCUCAGCACCGGCGCCGGCCUCAACUUCUUCAUGCUCGACCCAGCCAUCGGUGAGUUCAUCCUGAUUGAGAGGAACGUGCGGAUCAAGCAGAAGGGAAAGAUCUACAGUCUGAAUGAAGGAUACGAAAAAUACUUCCACCCCUCCAUCAACGAAUACCUCAAACACAAGAAACACCCCGAGGAUGGAGGCUCCCCCUAUGGGGCCCGUUACGUGGGAUCCAUGGUGUCAGACGUUCACCGCACCAUCGCCUACGGAGGGAUCUUCAUGUAUCCUGCAAACGAGAAGAGCCCCAAAGGAAAGCUGCGGCUGCUGUAUGAAUGCAACCCCAUCGCCUUCCUCAUGGAGCAGGCGGGCGGCCUCGCCACCACCGGCACCCAGAGGAUUCUGGAUGUUCAGCCCGAAACGCUCCACCAGCGGGUUCCCUUCGUGGUCGGCUCGCCGGAUGACGUCAACGAAUACCUGUCGUUUGUCAAGAAGUUCUCAUAAAAGCUGCAGCCGAGCUGAAUGUGAUGGAUAUUAGGUUCUCCAUCGCCUGAUGUUUUGUUAUCACCUGAAAAAUGUUCAGUUCUGUGUCUGCCAGCAUUGAUAAGGUUUUGAAUAUAUCCACACAGAAGCACAUGUUAAGUUAAGGUAAUGACUUCACAGUGCAGCUUUGUUAGGUGCAUAAAAACAGUUGAAUUCUUGAAAACUUUACAGAAAUUCAAUGUAAAUUCAAUUUUCAACAAUUUAUUAAAUCACUGCCAGAAGCU